AUGUUUUUUUGUUUUUUUUUUGUUUUUUUUCUUUCUGUUUUUGCUGUUUUGCAAAAUAUACAAAAUAUACAAAAAACAGAGCUUCCAGUUGUCAUAUGGCAUGGAUUGGGCGAUAGCUAUAACUCAGAGGGAAUGCAAGAAAUUAUUGAUAUUCUUUCUGAAUUGUUAAAUACAUACGUUCAUUCAGUUUAUUUAGAUGAAUAUUCUUUGAAUGAUAAAAAUGGCGGAUUUUUUGGAAAUGUUAAUGAUCAGGUUGAUUUUGUAUCACAACAGCUAUCGAGUAUUGAAGAAUUGAAGGAUGGAUUUAAUGCUAUUGGGUUUAGUCAAGGUGGAUUGUUUUUGAGAGCAUAUAUUGAACGUUAUAAUUUGCCUCCGGUUGUUAAUUUUAUUACAUUUGGUACCCCACAUAGUGGAAUAUCUGAUUUUUAUUGCCCCCCUGGUGUUUAUAUUUGUAAAGCAGCGAGCUAUCUAGUUAAACAUGGUUUAUGGUCUCAUUGGGUAAAAACUAAUAUUGUUCCUGUGCAAUAUUACAAAGAUCCUGAGAAUAUGGAUGAUUAUUUGGAACAUAAUUCCUUUUUGGCUGAUAUUAAUAAUGAAAAAGAAGCUAAAAAUGCUACAUAUGCUAAAAAUUUAGCUUCAUUGAAUAAUUUUGUUAUGGUUGAAUUUAAGGAUGAUUUUCUAAUUAUACCAAAAGAAAGCUGUGGUUUUAAUGAUUAUAAUAGUCUAACAAAUGAAGUUAUAUAUUUAAGAGAUAGGCCAAUAUAUCAAGAGGACUGGAUAGGUCUCAAAUUGCUCGAUGAAAAAAAUGCACUUGUUCAUAUAACAAUCCCUGGAAGACAUAUGGAAUUAGAUUAUAAAGUUCUUAUAUAUAUUGUCAAAAAGUAUUUUGCGGGAUCUGUCGAGUCCGAAAACGCUAUUCAAUGGCAGUCAGAAGAUAUGUAUUAA